AUGGAUUUUUUUGUUUCUGAUUGGGGGAAACAUGAAGUGAGAAGAUGGAAAAUAGGAGAAAAGGGCGAAGGAACAUUAGUUGCUGGUGGAAAUGGAAAAGGAGAGAAUCUAAAUCAAUUAAAUCAUCGUCGAGGAAUCAUUGUUGAUCAUGAGGGUCGAAUUUAUAUUGCAGAUAGUGACAAUGAUCGAAUAACGCGAUGGUGUGAAGGAGAUGAAGAAGGUGAAAUAAUUGUUGGUGAAAAUGGACAAGGAAAUGAACCUAAUCAAUUGUCAUAUCCUUGUGGUUUAUCAUUUGAUGGUGAAGGAAACCUUUAUGUUGGUGAUCAUGGAAAUCAUCGAAUUCAACGAUUUGAUUUUGUCAUUUGA